UAAGCCACAAGCAGCCUGCAUUGAAUCUCGACGCACAUCUUAAGCCAGCCCCACAGCCUCUCACUUUAUCAUGCCACUUUGUGAGUGUGUGUGUGUGAGAGUGUGUGUGUAUAUACACACAUUCAUUUAUGAAUAUAAAGUAGUAGAAAGGUGGAGGAGGGAGGGAAGGAGGGAGACAAAAGAGCUCGGGGUGGUAGCCAUCAGUAACGAGGAGGCUGAUUACCAGUUGGGUUCAGUGCAUUCAUGGCUCAGCCUCGUCGUCACCAACAGCGCCAUCACGGGGAGCGACAGAGAGAGUGAGAGCGACGAGGGACCAAGGACCAGGGACGAGGAGAGAAGAAGCUGCGGUGAAGUCCGUUACUGUGGGUGCGGUCGUCGCUGGAACUGAAGAAGCUUGUUGCCCCCCCCCCUCCCUCCCCCCCCCAGUCUGCGUAUGCCAUGCUUCCUGGGUUAGAGUUGGGCAGUAGCACUUGUUGAGAAGGCGGGGUGGGUGAUGAUGAUGAUGUUAUUGUUGUGGUGAUGGUGGUGGUGGUGGUAUGAGGGAGAGAGAGUUUGUUCGGGGACAAGGUAAGGGUAAGAAGGUUUUUGAGGGUGUUUGUGGUUUGUGAGGGAGAGGGCAAGUGGAGGUUCGGGGAGGUGUUGGGUUGUGGACUAAGAUUGAAAUGGUCGUAUUGGGAGAGUUGUGAAGGUGGGAGUUGAUGCUCUUUUAGCGUGUGAAGAUUUGCAAGGUUUUAGAAGUGUGCUGGUUUGGAGAGGGGAAGGAAGUGGUGGGGUUGAGGUGAGGAGAGCGAUUGGCAGUAUGGGUUUGGAAUUCAAGCCCUAUUGGACGUGGGAGGACGAGGAGCACGAUCACCAUGUGAGCAAGUGCGGCGAUGAGAAGCAGACGACCUCGGCGACCACGACAACAUCUACGCCAGCGGACAGCGCGCAGAGCAACGUUUUCAAUAGUUUGAGUGGCCAAGUUGUGGCGAGUCAUGGGAGUAGCGAGGUGGAGGCUGGCCGUGGUGGGGAUGUGGGGUUGGUGUUCGUGCAUGCGGAGGGGUCCGGAGCGGGUACUGUAAACAGGGAUUUGGCUGCGUCAUUGGCGGCCAUGAACGCAGAGCAUCGCGAGUAUGCAGUGCUGGUGGCGUCUGAAGAAGACAAUGUGAACGAAUACAAGAGUUUUUUUGCGAUUGUGCUGGAUUGCCCUCAGUUCCUGGGCCAGGGAGAGACAAAUGAUAGUGCACUCAGGCAGGCCAGCAGAUUCUUGCAUUACGCCUUCGGGUCUGCGAUACUGGAAAACGAAAUGAUCCCGGCUCCCUCGAGUGGUGUCGAAUUGGAGGCUAAGAAGAUAGCCAUGGAACGAGACUGGCUAAUGGUCAAACUAGAGAACUUUUCCAUGGAGCUUGUGUCUCUCCAAUUCCAGCCUGGCAUAGACUACAUGGCACGUCCACCUGAAAGUGAUGGUGAAUAUGAGAGCGAUCACGAGGAUGAAGAGCUGUUUGAGCUGGAGAGUAGAAUGAGCACGCCUUAGGGGACGCUGUUGCGAAGGGGUCGUUAACUGAGGAAGGGGCUAGGGAACCAUGGAGGAGCAGGCGAGAGUGUAUCGAUGUUUUGAUUGAAACUAUGAGGAUCCAUGUAGAUAGAGAACAAGGUCUAUUCUUGUGUCCACUUAUUGUGGCUUGAGUAUGCAAGAUAGCCUGACUUGAUAGUGACUGUACAGCAAUCUUGAUACACAUUUCAUGCUUUCAUCUUCUUUUUUUACCUUUUUUUUUUUCGUUUUCUCCCCUUUCUUAUGUUCGCCAUCCUUGGGACUUGAUUGCUGGAAGGAAUAUUCUCCGCUGCGCAGCCUUCAACUGUUGUGCUAAGAUAAGCUUGUUGUGGGAAACCCUGGUUACGAUUGUUCUUGGAAGCCUACCACUGCACAUCGAUGCGUUUCGGAGGCAUUCAUCAGGUGUUGUAAACGUAAUGGUCAUUGCUGAUGCCAGA